GGCGGCGGGUCGCGACCCCCGUUGCCAGUGGCGACGGCGGGGCCUCAAUUCCAAACCCCGCGGACUUAUUUUUCAUUUUAUUCUUCGACUAAAACCGCGAUCGUCGUCGUCGUCGUCAAAGCCGAUUUAACGUCAUCACGUGCGUGCGACGAGCCUGAACGAUGAGUGCAAAAAUUCAACAGCCAAAGGAACACAAAGCUCGCAUUUGCUUAUGGGCCGACCUGACCGUGAAUAACAUGGACCUUUUGGAGCAAGCGGUUACAGCCCAUCAGUUACGCGAGACACUGUCAGAUGUCCUGGGCCUCAGGCAGCACAUGGAUGAAGAGAGGACCCAAGUUGAGUUGGAUUUGUAUUUCUACACGGUGCAGUUUGCACGCGAGCACAACUUUAACAAGGAACAAACGUCCGUCUUGUUCACAAUAGUCAAGCGGACACAUGAGGUCUGCACUGAGACUCCACUGGGGAAUUUGGAGCAGUGCUUCUCAUACUUCAGGGAGCUCGUGUUAUGCCAUGCAGUCAGAAGACCUCCAUUUAGCAUCGAUUUAUUCAAUGCCGAAGAGGUGAAACUGAUAAUCGAUUAUGUUGUCAACACUUACUUUCGACACUAUAAACUAUACAAGUAUGUCUUCACCCCAACGGUGCGUUUAGAUUUAUCGAUCUCGUACACGGGCCUGGAUGAAGAAUCCCCAUCCUCUCCAGACGCGGAUGCCAAUGAAGGGGAUGACAAUGAAGGGGACAAAGUAAGCCAAGACACGGGCUGUAUGGAACAAGGGCCUCCAGCUGUUAUUGCCAAUGAAGUUCCCGAACAACCUGCAUCCCCUGUAGAAGAGGAAAAAACUGAUCUGAAGAGCUACAUUCAGCGGGAGCUUUCGGCCCAGCUUUCCCACGUGCAUGCCACCAUUGCCGAACAGAUGAAGCAGAGCGAACAGCAGUUGGCUGAAAGGCUCGCCAGCAUCGAAGGGCGCAAUUCCAGCGGCAAAAAUUCCAGCAAGAGCAAUAGAAAAUGACAGACUCGGCGAAUAGU